CAGCAUGUCAUUCGCGUGUCGCAGUGUCGUGGCGUAGUAGUGACAGCAGCAUUGCUCUAACGUAAAGGAGGAAUCGGCAGGGUAAAGAGGGGUGGAAUGUCAUGAUGGAUAUUCAAGUGCACGGCUCCAACGGCGAGAAUGGACAGAGUUCAGACGCGAGCUCGACGGCUUCGAGCGGGUACGUCAAGAUCUCGAUGGACUCCGAGGACGCGGACGCCCUGCGCAGUUUGGACGGGGAUUCACCCGUGCGAGAGAGCGUUCCAGCCGUCGGCUCCCUCGGCGCGACGCCUGGCAAGGACCUGGACGAGUUCGUCUUUAUGUCGACGUCUGCGACCAGUUCUGAGUACCAGCCGCUGACGGGUUCGCUGGACGACUGGUCCUCCUCGCACCGGGGAGGCAAAGGGGACGGCAGCUCAGGGCUGGGGGGGCCUUCCCUCCCUGGCACAUCGUUCCUGCACCAGAAGGGCUUCGGCUGGCUCCUCGACGUGGAAGAAGAAGCCGAGGACGACGACAAGGCCCCUCUCCUGGAGGAACUGGACGUGGACUUGCGCGACAUCUACUACAAGGUGCGGUGCGUGCUGUUCCCCUUCCCCUUCAUGGGCUACAAGCGGCACCUGGUCAGGGACAGCCCGGACUUCUGGGGGCCCCUGCUGGUUGUGCUGCUGUUCUCCCUUGUCUCCCUUUACGGACAGCUUUCCGUGGUUUCGUGGAUCAUUACAAUGUGGAUCUUCGGUUCACUAGUCAUCUUCCUUCUGGCGAGAGUUCUCGGUGGGGAGGUGAACUACUCCCAGUGCUUGGGUGUGAUCGGCUACUCCGUCUUGCCUCUGGUUGUCACGGCAACCACACUGCCUCUGGUCCGCCCUUUCCACCAUGUGGAAUUAGUCUUCAAGCUGCUCGGAGUUGUUUGGGCCACCUACAGCGCUGGAUCACUGCUCUGCGUGCAAGAACUGCAAAACAAGAGGCCUCUCCUUCUGUACCCGGUUUUCUUGCUUUACGUUUAUUUCUUUUCACUCUAUUCAGGUGUCUAGGGCACCAUCUUCUGUCACCCCCAGCUUUGCCAUAUAUAGUUCCCUUUUUGGUUCUAGUUUGGAGCAUCGAAGAUGCGCACGUCACCUGUGUUGUGCAAGACAGCUCUGCAUGUAUAUUUAUAUAUAUAUAUAUCCGAGCACCGGUACAUCGUAUAUUUACGGUCUGAUGACGUAAAAAUUGGGAGUCGUGUCAGAGGGGUUACAGAUGAAGGUGCCCUUAUUUUCUGCGGGGGAAUAAAGUGCUUAGCUCGCCUAUAUAAAAAAAAAAAUUUUCCCUCUUUUCCCUACUUGUAGUGGGCAUUUUGCGGGGAUUUUUCCUUGCCUAUUGCAAGGAAUGUGCAUCUGUGGUGGCACUGGAAAGGGGGAGGCUUGAGUUGCUGAUCUUCUAUUUGUACAUAAAUAAAAGCAAUUGUCGACUC